CUGACUGCGUUCUCUGAGCUUUCCGUUGCCCGACCUCUUCUUCCUCGUCCCCUGCCCGCCCUACGAUGUUCAGGACACUUGCCAACACUUCAUUGCGGCGCACGCUGCACACCUCGACGCGUGCGGCUGCGCCAGCGCGUCCUGCGCGGUUGCGCGCUGCUCUGGGAGCCUCUGCGGUGGCGGCUUCGUACUUCGUCUGGAGCUCAUGGAACGGCGACAGGAUAGCGUUGGAUGCACCGUCUUCAUCAUCCAAGCAGGCUCCGCUGACAUCGAAGGCCUCCGCCUCUCCGAAGGCCAUCUCGCAUUCGCCCUCUACCGCGACCGAGCAUUCGCCCUCACUACCCGACUCACCUCCCUCUGAGUUUGUGGAAGAACAUGCACCGGAAGAGGGCGAAGCUACGCCCGCUCCCGCUGGUGAGGCGGAGGAGGGUGAGAGCGGCGGCAGCGGUGCCGGCGGCGCGUUCAACCCAGAGACGGGCGAGAUCAACUGGGACUGCCCAUGCUUGGGCGGGAUGGCGCACGGGCCGUGUGGGCUUCAGUUCCGGGAGGCGUUCUCGUGCUUCGUCUUUUCGGAGGCAGAGCCCAAGGGCAUCGACUGCGUGGAGAAGUUCAAGAUGAUGCAGGAGUGCUUCAGGGAGCACCCAGAUGUGUACGGCGACGACAUCAUGAACGAUGACGACGACGAGGAUCUCCCGCCGUUGUCGGACGCUGCGCCUAGUGCAGACACGGCUGAGAUCCCGACGCAGGCAGCGUCUCCUUCGCCCGAGGCCGACUCCGCAGCUGCGCCUGCACCUGUCCAGAAGAGCAAGCCUCGGUCCUCCACCCCUACAUCGGCAUAACCAUUAUAUUCUUAGAGCUAAAAGUAAUACUCUACCACGGACGUUAAUACACCGCAUCCCUAUUGCACCACUCCC